AUGUGUGACUGGAUCGUAUAUAUUAACUCAGACCUGUGCUCUGUUCCGUGGGUGGGCAGUGCGGCAGCAGCAGUGGCUCCUGUUUCUCCUCCUACCCUUGGUCAGUACCAUGUCCUCUACCGAGGGUGUAGAGAAACGCAGUUGGGCUGGCAUGGGGAGACAUACUGCCUGGUUGGUGGCUACCGGGCCUACGGGGAUGUUCCUCUGGCCACGCCAGCAAAGGUGGAAGCAGAGAAGCCAGUCCCUAGACGUGCUCCCAAGAGAAAGCACGCUCCGGAAGAGUCGCACAAAGAUCUGGGUUGCCCCAGACCCAAAAUCCGGCGAUUGGAGCACGGUGCCAGGAGGUAG